CCCGCGGUGCGCAGCCGUGCCACGUAUCCUUAUGGAAACGCACACAAGCCUGAGCCUCAGCCACCACCCAGCGGCGGCGAGCAGCAGAAAAUGCCGCCCCAGCGCCGGCGCCCCAGCACCGCCGCAAAAAAAGGCCGGCCCGGCUGGCAGCGCCACGUUUAGUCGGGUCGUGCGCGCACCAUGUUCCCGCUGGGGACUUCUCGGCGCCUCCCCAGCCUCGGCGUCUUCAACCACUCUUUCUUCCCAAGGCCCACGCACACCCAAGCCCCCCAAAUGUCGUCCGGCCCCAGGUUGAUUUCCCUCGACGCGUUCGCCAAGACCGUCGAGGACGCGCGCGUCAAAACCGCGUCCGGCGGCUUGAUUUCCGUGGUGUGUGUUUUCAUCGUCAUGUUCUUGAUCCGCAACGAGUACCUCGACUACACCCGCGUGGUGGUGCGCCCCGAGCUCGCGGUCGACCGCGACGUCAACAAGCAGCUCGACAUCAGCUUGGACAUCUCGUUUGCCGACAUCCCCUGCGGCGUGCUCACGCUCGACAUCUUGGACCUCACCGGCGACGUGCACUUGGACCUUUUUGCGUCCGGCUUCGACAUGUUCCGCGUGCUCCCGCUGGGCGCCGAGGUCAAGGACGACUUGCCCAUCUUGUCCGGCAUGCACGCGCUCGACGAGCAGUGCAAGGGCUUGACGGCGGCGCAGGCACAGCAGAACGAGCCGUGCGGCUCGUGCUACGGCGCGUUGGACCAGUCCGCCAGCCAGCACUGCUGCAACACGUGCCAGGCGGUGCGUUUGGCGUACGCCACCAAGCAGUGGGGCUUUUUCGACGGCUCGGACAUUGCGCAGUGCGAGGCGGAGGGCUACGUGGCCAAGAUGAAGGAGCGCAUUGCGAACAACGAGGGCUGCCGCGUCAAGGGCUCGACGCAGAUCAACCGCAUCGCGGGCAACUUGCACUUUGCGCCGGGCGCGCCGUUCUCGGCGCGCGGCCGCCACUCGCACGACUUGUCGUUGUGGCGCAAGUACGCCGACAAGUUCACGCUCCGGCACCGCAUCCACCACUUCUCGUUUGGCGCGGCGCCGGGCGGCGGCGGCGGCGAGCAGCUCUCCGUGAGCCCGUUGGACGGCUACGCGUUCGACGUGGCCCAGAAGGAGCACGUGGCGCUGUACUACCUCUCGGUGGUGGCGACCCGCGUGGAGUUCUUGGACGCCCAGCGCCCGCCCGUGGACACCAACCAGUACUCGGUGAUCACGCACGACCGGCCCAUCGUGGGCGGCCGCGACGACGACCACCAGAACACGUUGCACGCGCAGGGCGGCGUGCCGGGCGCGUUCUUCCACUUCGACAUUCUGCCCAUGAAGAUCAUCAACCGCGAGCAGCACGCCAAGACAUGGUCCGGCUUUGUGUUGGGCGUGGUGAGCUCCAUCGCGGGCGUCUUGACGGUGGGCGCCGUGCUCGACCGCUCCAUCUGGGCGGCGGAGCAGGUGAUUCGGGGCAAGAAGGACUUGUAGAGCGCCGUGUGGGGUGGCCUGCUUGCCGCGGGACCGGCCGAGGAGCUGCCGAGAGGGCGUGCGGCUGAGAUCGAACGCCCGGUGGGCAGACGAGAUGGAGAGGGGACGACGCGACGGAUGGAGAGAGGUGCUGGAAAGUGCUUGGCGGGUACAGAGAGAGGUGCUGGAAAGUGCUUGACGGGGACGGAGAGAGGUGCUAGAAAGUGCUUGACGG